AUGGAUAGGACUAGAAAAGUUAUCUGGUCUUCUAAUAUAUCAAUACCUGCUUCAGCUAUGAAGGCAACAACUGGUGUACUAAUGGAUAAUGGAAAUCUUGAACUUAGACUUGGAGAAGAUACUCUCUGGCAGAGCUUCGAUCAUCCCUUUGAUACAUUUUUGCCUGGCAUGAAGCUUAGCUUGAAUACAAGGACGGGCCAACAAAGAGCCUUUGAUGUUGGUGGUGAAAAUGCUCCAUCUUCAAAUGGAACCGCUUAUUUCCUUCCUUACAACUUUGACGCUGAUGAGGUUUAUCUAACUUAUGGUGUCUCAGAUAGUUCAACCAAAUUGAGGGUCAUAUUGAAUCCAACUGGGCAGAUUAAGCUGCUUCUGUGGCUGGAACACAGUGAAACAUGGUUUGUACGGUGGAGGGAGCCUUUUGAUCAACGUUUUAGGCCAAAAUUCCAAAAACAAUGGGAUAUGGGGGAUUGGCUCGGUGGCUGUGUUCGAGAGAAAGCAUUGAUGUAUAAUAACGAAGAUGGGUUUUCAAAGAUUUCGAAGUUGAACUUGAAACUACCAGAUCAGGCUGUUCUUUUAGAAAAUAAGAGUAUGAGUGAGUGUGAAUCUAAAUGCCUUCAGAACUGCUCUUGCACAGCUUAUGCUUAUGCAAAUGUGACACAAGGAAACAAUAUAAGAUGUCUGACAUGGUUUGGUGACUUGAUGGAUCUUGUAGAGAAUCAAACUUUUGGGCAAGAUGUUUGUAUUCGUGUUCAUGGCUCCCAACUAGGUAGUAGGAGUCAUUCUCAUAUUGUAUCGAAAAAGUCCCUUGUAAUUGGAAUAGCCUCAGCAACAGCGGGAUUGAUUACAAUAGUUUUUGGCUAUUUCUCGUGGAAGAAGUACUUGGGAAUGAAAGAGAGAGCGGAAGGCAGUCUGAGUGCUGAAGCUGCAAAGAAUGAUAUAGAACAACCACUCUUCACUUUAAGGAGAAUUUUAGCUGCAACAAACAACUUCACUGAAGCUAAUAAACUGGGAGAGGGAGGAUUUGGCCCUGUUUAUAAAGGGAUUUUUUCAGAAAAUCAAGAAGUAGCCAUAAAAAGGCUGUCCAAGAAGUCAGGGCAAGGACAUGAAGAGUUCAUGAAUGAGUUGAAGCUUAUAGCCAAGCUCCAACACACCAAUCUUGUUAGGCUCCUGGGUUGCUGCGUUGAAGAGAAGGAAAUAAUCUUGAUCUAUGAGUACAUGCCCAAUCGAAGUUUGGACAAACUUUUGUUUGAUGCAUCUGCUAAGGCAAAACUAGAUUGCGGUAAACGCUUUCAAAUUAUAGAAGGUAUUGCUCAAGGAGUACUUUAUAUCCACAAAUUUUCUGGACUGAAAAUCAUUCACAGGGACCUAAAAGCAAGUAAUAUACUGUUGGAUGGAGCAAUGAAGCCCAAAAUUUCAGAUUUCAAAAUGGCAAGGAUUUUCGGGAUGAAUCAAACUGAAGCAGAUACCAAGAGGGCAUGGGAACUACGGAAAGAAGGUAGAGGGAUGGAGGUGCUUGAUGCAUCAGUGAGGGAAACAUGCUGCCCUCAUGAAGCUUUGCGGUGUAGCCAUGUGGGGCAUUUGUGUGUACAAGAAGAUCCAGAUGAUCGACCAGCAAUGCCUUCAGUCAUUCUAAUGCCGCAGGGCAUUGAAGCCACGUUAGGAAUGCCAUUGAUGUUAGCUAUUCCACCAAUGCAACCACCAUUAGUAUACCAGAAGGUCGAUAGCAGUUCAAUGUCAGGUAGCGUUCCAAGUUCGAAUCUCCCCGUCCGUGCUUAA